CUCGUGCUCGCGAGCAACACGCAGAAAAGAGAAAGGAGGAGAGAGAGAGAGAGAGAGAGAAAUCCCCACCCAUUCCCCUCACUCCGAUCCACUCGUGCCCUAGCUCCCAAUUCCCCCUGAGCAGCUCACCGAAUUGGGGUUCGAUCCCCGUAUGGCAGGACCCGCUCGCUUGUCGUGAUUCCAGGCAUCGUCCCGGAGAGCUCGGUCCGCGCUCUCAUGGAACCGCGCAUCGGCAACAAGUUCCGCGUCGGCCGCAAGCUGGGGAGCGGCUCCUUCGGCGAGAUCUACCUCGGUACCAACGUUCAGACCAACGAGGAGGUCGCUAUUAAGCUCGAAAAUGUGAAGACCAAGCAUCCACAACUGCUGUAUGAGUCAAAGCUGUACAGAAUACUCCAGGGAGGAACUGGAAUUCCAAAUGUUAAGUGGUUUGGUGUAGAGGGUGAUUACAACGUCUUGGUAAUGGACUUGCUGGGACCAAGCCUUGAAGAUCUUUUCAGUUUUUGUAACAGGAAGCUGUCUCUAAAAACUGUUUUGAUGCUUGCUGAUCAAAUGAUCAAUCGUGUUGAAUUUGUUCACGCCAAGUCGUUCUUGCAUAGAGAUAUUAAACCAGACAAUUUUCUAAUGGGUCUUGGUAAAAGGGCAAAUCAGGUCUAUGUCAUAGAUUUUGGACUUGCAAAGAAGUACAGGGAUACAUCAACGCACCAGCACAUCCCAUAUAGGGAGAACAAGAACUUGACGGGAACAGCGAGAUAUGCAAGUGUAAACACACAUCUUGGAAUUGAACAAAGCCGGAGGGAUGACAUGGAGUCUCUUGGAUAUGUACUAAUGUACUUCUUAAGAGGAAGCCUACCAUGGCAGGGUCUAAAAGCUGGGAACAAAAAACAAAAAUACGAGAAAAUCAGUGAAAGGAAAAUUGCUACUUCAACUGAGGCCCUCUGUCGUGGAUAUCCUACUGAAUUUGCAUCUUACUUCCAUUAUUGCCGCUCGCUACGCUUCGAAGAUGCACCAGACUACCAAUACUUGAAGAGAUUGUUCAGAGAUCUUUUUAUUCGAGAGGGAUUUCAGUUUGAUUAUGUUUUUGACUGGACAAUCCUGAAGUAUCAACAGUCUCAGAUGACCAGUGCUCCACCACGUGCCAUUGCCCCGGCAACAGGACAAAGCUCGGGGAUGGCUCCUAUAGCAAACAAUAAUAGGCUGUCAGCCACUGAAGAGGGAAGGAGAAGUGGAUGGUCUGAUAUGGAUGCAGUGCGGCGUCAAGUUCCACCUCCAGCUAUAAAUGCAGGCAGCCUAGCCAAGCAGAAAUCCCCUAUCGGACAUGAGCAAUCUACUUCUAAAGAUGCAAUGUUCUCCAGUUCGACUUUUUUGGGAUGGUCAAGCGGAUCCUCAAGGCGACCUGUUGUCUCAAAUAGCCGAGGACCAAGCAUUGAAGCUGACCAGUCACGUAGUCGCACAACAGAUGCAAGUCCAGGGGCAUUCUUGCGUUCGAGUCAACAUGACAGGCGCACGUCUUCUGGCAGGCAUACGUCUAACGCUAAGAACUACGAGUCCACCAUCCGGGGCAUCCAGGGCCUAAGCUUCGAUGGUGAUGAUAGGAUUCACAAUCAUCAGUGUCCUGCUCCAUGAAUCACCGCUUGCUGAAGUGGAGGUGCUAAAGACCAGGAAAAAUAAGAGGUUUGGUUGGGUCUAAAGGGGCUAUGGUUCUUAGCAACUGUUUCAUGGACUCAUGCCAAUGCUUAGGCUGUUUGUACAGGUUCCCAUUUGUUUUCAUUGUGCAGACAUGUGCGGCGGUAGCCCCUUAAUCUUGUUGUAUUUGGAGAGAUUUCUGCAGGCUCUCAUGCCAUGUGCUUCUUUGGAAACUGGAAUUCGAUGACCAGUGGGGAAGUUGGGGAUGCUUUUUUAAGUUUGAAUAUCAGGGAGAGGAGUUCAACCUCUUGUAACUUGUGGUCAAGUGCUAUGAGAAGAAGUUAUG